CUUUAUAUUCCAAAAACACACGCAGAGCAAAGGGGAACAGAGGUUUCUGUUUUCUUCCCAAAAGGCAAGUAUGGAGCAUGUUCUGCAUUUCGUUUUCGGCAUUUUCGGGAAUGCUACUGCUCUCUUCCUCUUCUUGUCACCCAUAUUAACUUUUCGGAGGAUUAUAAAGAACAGAUCCACUGAAGAAUUUUCAGGGGUCCCCUACAACAUGACCAUGCUCAACUGUCUCCUCUCUGCUUGGUACGGGCUUCCAUUUGUUUCGCCAAAUAACCUCCUAGUAUCGACAAUCAACGGCACCGGUGCCCUGAUUGAGGCGACGUAUGUGCUGAUAUUUCUGAUUUUUGCGCCGAAGAAAGUGAGGGCAAAAAUGAUGGGACUCCUCGCUCUGGUGAUCUCUGUGUUCGCUUCAGUAGCACUUAUAUCAGUGUUUGCUCUUCAUGGCCAAACAAGGAAGCUCUUCUGUGGAUUUGCAGCUACAAUCUUCUCUAUUUGCAUGUAUGCGUCUCCAUUAUCUAUCAUGAGGCUGGUAGUCCAAACAAAAAGUGUGGAAUACAUGCCAUUCCUUCUUUCCUUAUUUGUAUUCCUGUGCGGAACUUCAUGGUUCAUCUAUGGACUUCUUGGACACGAUCCAUUCAUCUCGGUACCUAAUGGCUGCGGGAGUGCUCUAGGAGCAAUGCAGCUCAUCUUGUAUGCGAUAUACAGGAACCAUAAAAAGGAAGAGACCAAUGGUGUGGCUAAGACUGGAGAUUCUAUGGAGAUGGACAAUGUGAAACCUGCACAAAAGUAUGAGAGUAAUGGAGAACAAGUAUAGAUACUACCGUCUGUCUACUGCCCCGCUCCCUUGUAUUCUCUGUUUCUUUUAGCUUGUGCCUUGUUGAAAUUGACAGCUAGAGAGCAAUGUUCAGUAGCUGUCAGUUACCUCUUUUGCUUUUGGGUGAGGAUUUAAGAGUGACGGUCCUCCUUUUGCAAAAUUCCCUGGAGACUAUCUAUUGACUGAAUAUGCAAUUCUGUGUCUCUACACAUUUUCAUGUUGAAUUCUGAUUUUUAUUUUCCUUUUC